AUGCUGCGGGCGGAGGCGGCGGAGGCUGCGGAGGCGGGGGAGGCGGCGGGCGGAGCGGGGGCGGGGCCGCCGGGGGGCGCCCUGGGCCAGGACCCCGCCCUGAGCAGGCGAAGGAUGGGCUCCGGGGGCCUGCGGCAUCUCCCCGCGCAGUCCAGGGGCCGGCCCCGCUCCCAGAGCCGCGGCGGGGACCCGCAGGCCGAGAGCCUGGUGCUCGAUGAGCCCCCAGAGGUGUUUGUCCUGCGGGUGUUGCUGGAGGAGACCGGGGAGACCUUCGAAGUGAAGAACUGCCGCGGCGACAUGACCGUGCGCGAGCUCAAGGAGGAGCUGGACCUGAUCGCCGGCGUCCCCAUGAACCUGCUGGUGCUCCGGUACCUGGACCAAGGAAUUAUGAUGGAUGACAGCACACUGAACUUCCAUGAUGUCGUUCCCGGAGGAAUUAUUUCAUUAUGUGUCUGGCACCAUGACGGAUGGACGGACCUGGUCGCGGCUGCCGUGGAAGGGGACACCAGCAAGCUCUCCUGCCUCGGCGUGGACGAGGACUCCCCCUACCAAACGGCAAACUCGCUGUAUCUGGGCGAGAAGCACUGGAAGGCGUGGGUGGCCCAGAGGGCGUGCGUGGCCUUGUACGUCGCCUCGCACCGGGGCCGCGUGGAGGCUGUCCAGUACCUUCUAGAACACGGCGCCAGCUGUCUCGGCCGGUCCCCCAUGGGCAGGACGCCUCUGCACGUGGCUGUGGCCAUGGGCCAGUCGGACUGCAUCGGCCUGCUGCUCAAGUACGGGGCCCCCACCCUCGCCAAGGACGCCAAGGGCACGACCCCCCAGGCCAUCGCCCGGCAGCUGAACCACAGAAAGGACGAGCGGCAGAUGUUCCUGUCCUACUGGAUGACGAAGUCCGAGAGGAAGGACCCGAAGGACUCAGGCGCCGCCAAGGCUCCCCAGAGCGGGGCGUCCAGCUCCGGCUCCGGCUCCAAGGGGCAGAGUUAG